ACCAUGUUCCCCUGCGACGGCGACGGAACCGAAGCUCGCCCCGAGCGACGGUGCAGCGGCGGCUUGACCGGUUGCGCGCUUCUCGCUUCCGAAGCGGCCGCCCACGUCGCACGGCUGUGCCGGUCCAAUCCGCGGCUGCUGUCCAUGCUGGUCCAGGAGAAAUGCGGCGAAGACGCCAACAGUAGCCGGUUCGCGCACGACUUCAAGACGCUGGCCGACGUGCUAGUGCAGCGCAUCGUGGCCAAACGCAUCAGCCGACAGUUCCCAAAACUUGAUGAAAACGUGUAUGGGGAAGAAAACGAUACAAUACAGAAUAAUAAAGGUCAAGACGUGACCAUACUAGUCGGAGAGACAAUAGAAGAAACAUUUCAGUGUUUGUCCAAAGCUCUAGGCGAUGAUUUAGACUCAGCAAAGAGCUUAGCUGAAGCUGCUCACAUAGAGUUCGGAUUGAAUGAUCUCAAUGUUGACUGUUAUCCACCCGAAGAGGAAAAUUUAGAUAUGAAGAAAAUCGGAAUAUGGAUCGAUCCUAUUGAUUCAACAAACGAAUAUAUAAACGGAAAUGUCGAUAAUAUAAAUGAAUACGGAUUUCACUCGAGCGGACUACAUUGCGUUACAAUUAAUAUUGGUUUAUUCGAUAAGCACAGCGGAAAACCUAUCGCCGGCGUAAUCAAUCAACCGUUUUUCAAAUUUGACACAAUCAAAGGGUGGAGUGGAAGAUGUUACUGGGCAUAUUGCGACGGACAGAAAAGUUUAAACUCAUUGCCAGAAUUCAUUAGCUGCAAUCAGGAAUUGGUGGUGACUAGCAGCAGCGAGACAGACGAAGCCAAGGAGGCGUUGCAGCGGUCCGGUUACAUCGUGGCCACGGCGUCCGGGGCCGGUUACAAGAUGCUGUGCGUGGCGAUAGGUGUCGUCAAGUGCUACGCGCUGACCAAAGACUCGACGUACGCGUGGGACACGUGCGCCGCGCACGCGAUGUUGGCGUCCCAGGGUGGCACGGCGUGUCACUGUCGCACGUCCGCCGGGCCUCUCACGUACCGGCCCAAGACCACCGGCGGCGGACGGGCUCACUGCAACGCGGACGGUGUUAUCGCUUCGCGCGACCUGCAAACCGUCGACCGAGUACACGCGAUCUUGUCACCGCUGCAUGCGCACUGCGACAGCUGAUUCAGUUGUACUAAGAAUAUACAGACGAUUUUUUUUUUUUUUUUUUUUUUUAGUUUUUAAUAUUUUGUCUACGUGCGAAGUACCUGCGUGAUAUUGAUCACAUCGAUAAUCAGAGUAUAGCACUUUUCAGAUUUAUGACGGAAACGGGUCACUGCGGUUGAUAUUUCGAACAGGCUUUUAGAUAAUCCUCGAAAAACGUUAGCAUUAAAUUUCAUUUUUAUGUAAUUAUUUGUUGACGUAUGAAUAGAAUUCCAUUUCUUAAUCUAAGAGAAGCUUUUUGGAGCACUAUGAUUAAAAUGUGUUCACUGCUCAGCAUUGAAAAUAUGCGCCGUAAUUUAUUGGUAUCGCGUGACACGUCUUCUUCGUAAUAUCGAAUGAACAUCAUACAAUACCCAUUAUACAGUAUUUUAUAGUAAGUACGAUUAUAUAAUAGUAUGUAUAUAGGUACUAUAUAGACAUAUAGACAUAAAUAGUCGUAUUAUUAUUAUCUAUUAUUAUUGUUGUUAUUAUUAUUAUUGCAUAUAUUUUCUAAGUAUUAUAUGCAUACCUAGUUUUAAAUAUUAAAAAAAAAUCGUUUUUGAUGAUUAAUUAUAUACAAUACAGGGUAAUCAAACUAUUUUGAAAAAAAUAUAGUCAAUUCCCAUCACUCGACAUUGUUAAGGUUUUUACAUCAAAAUUGUAUACUUACUAUUUUAUUUUAUGUUUAAUUAUUUUUCAUAGAAACAUAUAAUAUUAUAUCUGUGAUGGAUAUGUAUUUCUUGAUGGUUAUAAUAAUUAAUGUUACAAACAUGACGUAUAGAUUAGUAAAACAUAAUGUAUUUAUUAAUGCAUAUAUACGCUAGAAAAAAAUAAUAACUGCUAAAAUAUUAAUUAUAUUUUUAUAUCUAUAUUACAAGAGACUAAUAUUUAUACAGCUAAUGAUUUUACAGUUGUUAUUUAUUUAAUUUAUUUAGUUUUAAUUUAUUUGUUGUUGUUUGUUAUAUGAUUUACUUUGGAUAGUAAAAAAAAUAAUAUAAUAUUAUAAUAUUCGUUAAACAUUAUCGUGCACAUUGCACUAUAAUAAUUAUAUUAUACAAUUUUUUCUUUUAGUUAACAAAUUAUAAACAUUAUAUAGAUACAAUUUUUGUUUUGUUAUAUAUAGAUAUAUAUAUGAUGAAAUCAAUAUGUUAAAGUUCCAUUAUCAUUAAUCAUUAUUUUAUAAAAGUUAAAAAUAAUUAAUAGUUGUAAUAUUAUUAUAAAUAUAUAAAUACUAAGUAGUUA